UGAACGCAUGUGAGGACAUGAUAACCUAGAGCCGAGCAUAUUCGCGGGCCAGGGGCAUAAAAUCGUGGCCUCAAGCAUGCGGUCAAAGUUUCAUAAAAACGGUUGGUACCACCAUUUGUGUGAAGUGCUCUGCAAUCGCUUUCCGCAAAUACAUCCACGCAACCCCGGUAGGUGCACAGUUCGAAACGCAAGCAAGAAAAAGAAGUAGUUGUUCGAUGAGAGUUGCAAGUAACUAAUCGCAGAAUAUUAUAGAAAGCCAUGGAUUCGUUGGCGAAAUCUCCCUGUCUUCCCAAGAUGUCUGCAAUGGCAUGUUUCCUGGUGCUUCAGGCAGUAAUUUUGAUCUCUAAUACAAAUGGAGAUUCACUACACUCACAAAUAAAAGCCUCAAUUUCUUCUACCUCGGUGAAUCACAGUAAAGAUUAUUGUGCCAUGUAUGACAUUUGUGGAAAACGUGAAGAUGGAAAAGUUCUAAACUGCCCAUAUUCAGUACCUGCUGUGCAGCCCAGUAAGUUACUAUCUGCGAAGAUUCAAAGUCUCUGCCCAACUAUUACUGGAAACAUUUGUUGCACAGCUGAUCAGUUUGACAUUUUACGUGGACAAGUUCAGCAGGCUAUUCCCUUUCUGGUCGGUUGUCCUGCUUGCCUACGAAAUUUUCUGAAUCUUUUUUGUGAGCUCUCUUGUUCACCAAAUCAAAGUCUUUUUAUCAACGUGACAUCCACUUCUCAGGAAAGUGAUAAUUCAACUGUUGCUGGCAUUACUUUUUAUGUAUCGGAUACUUUUGGCGAGGAGCUAUAUAACUCUUGCAAAGAUGUCAAGUUUGGGUCAAUGAAUACUAGAGCAAUUGACUUUGUAGGAGCUGGUGCAAGGGAUUAUAAAGAAUGGUUUGCAUUCAUUGGCACAAAAGCAGGACUUAAUGAACCAGGCUCGCCAUAUUCAAUUGAUUUCAGAACAACAGUUCCAUUAUCUUCUCCCAUGGAACCGAUGAAUGUAAGUGUUUUUUCAUGUGGAGAUACAUCACUGGGAUGUUCUUGUGGAGAUUGCCCCUCCUCAAGCAUCUGUUCUGACUCAUUGCCUCCUACGCCACAUGAGAAAGAUUCCUGCUCCCUUCAUCUAGGUUCUCUUAAGGUGAAAUGUGUAGAUUUUACAGUGGCCAUUGUGUACAUUGUACUUGUUUCUGUAAUAUUUGGCUGGGGUUUCUUAAGCAGAACUCCAACAUCAAACAGGCCAACAUUGAAGCCCCUUUUGCACACUGAGGAAGAAAGUGAAGAUCGUUCUGUAAAUAAAAAUGAACAUGUAACACUUGCUGUACAAGGGCGUGAAGGGGUUCCUAUGUUAAAAAGGGGAAUCCGAUUGCCAUUCAUCCAAGCUUACAUAUCAAAAUUCUAUAGGAGGCAUGGAAUUUUCGUUGCUAGACAUCCAAGCCUUGUGUUGCUGGUGUCAGUUGGAAUUGUUCUUCUAUUAUGCAUUGGGUUGAUCCGCUUGAAAGUUGAGACGAGGCCUGAAAAGCUUUGGGUUGGUCCUGGAAGUAAGGCAGCGGAAGAGAAGAAGUUCUUUGACACUCACCUGGCUCCCUUUUAUAGAAUAGAGCAGCUGAUCUUGGCAACUAUUCCUCGUUCAAAGCACGAAGCAGCUCCAAGUAUUGUGACAGAUAAGAAUAUCCAGUUACUGUUUGAAAUUCAAAAAAAGGUUGACAAAAUUCGUGGAAACUUUUCUGGAACAUUUGUAUCUCUAAAAGAUAUUUGUUUGAAGCCCCUGGGUUCUGACUGUGCCACUGAGACUGUUUUACAAUACUUCAAAAUGAGGACAGAUUUGUUUGAUCAGUAUGGGGGUGCAUCACAUGCAAAGUUCUGCUUUGAGCAUUACACAUCGUCAGAACCAUGUUUGAGUGCAUACCAAGCUCCAGUCGAUCCAAGCACAAUAUUAGGGGGUUAUACAGGAAAUAACUAUUCACAGGCGACUGCAUUUGUGAUCACAUACCCUGUGAAUAAUGCCGUUGAUGAGACAGGUCAUGAAAAUGAUAAAGCUGUAGCCUGGGAGAAGUCAUUCAUUCAUUUAGCUAAGGAAGAGCUUAAACCUAUGGUAGCAUUACAUAAUCUGACUCUUGCAUUCUCAGCAGAAAGUUCUAUUCAAGAGGAACUUAAGAGAGAGAGUACUGCUGAUAUCAUAACUAUACUGAUCAGCUACAUUGUCAUGUUUGCAUACAUAUCUUUGACACUUGGUGAUAUUUCACCACAUAUAUCACCUCUCUAUGUUUCCUCAAAGGUACUACUCGGUUUGUCAGGGGUUCUUGUCGUGGUCCUUUCAGUUCUUGGAUCCAUUGGGCUAUUUAGUGCAGUUGGUGUGAAAUCAACUCUAAUUAUUGCUGAAGUCAUCCCAUUUCUAGUAUUGGCGGUGGGAGUUGACAAUAUGUGCAUAUUAGUUCAUGCAUUAAAACGACAAUCUAUAGAAUUACCGUUAGAGGAACGGGUGGGCAAUGCACUUUCUGAAGUUGGCCCUUCCAUAACCCUUGCGAGCCUUUCUGAGGUUUUGGCAUUUGCAGUUGGAAGUUUCAUCCCUAUGCCUGCAUGUAGAGUGUUCUCAAUGUUUGCAGCACUUGCUGUGUUCCUAGAUUUUUUACUACAAGUGACUGCUUUUGUUGCACUUAUGACAUUUGAUUUCAUAAGAAAAGAAGAAAACCGAGUUGAUUGCUUUCCCUGCAUAACAGCACGCUCAUCAGGAACUGGGCUUGAACAUGGUAACCUGGCUGGAAGGCGCCAAGAACCUGGUUGUUUGGUACGCUAUAUGAAGGAUAUUCAUGGACCUAUUUUGAGCAAGCCUGCAGUGAAAGUCAUAGUCCUUGUGGUAUUCAGUGGAAUGGUCUUUGCAAGCAUUGCUUUAAGUACUAGACUUCAACCAGGAUUGGAGCAACAAGUGGUCCUUCCACGAGACUCUUAUCUUCAGGGUUAUUUUAGUAACAUAUCCGAGUACCUUCGAGUUGGGCCUCCAGUUUACUUUGUUGUAAAGAACUACAAUUACAGUUUGGAAUCAAAUGAUACAAAUUUGCUAUGUUCUAUCAGUCAAUGUGAAUCAAAUUCCCUCUUAAAUGAGAUAUCAAGAGCUGCUAUAACGCCAGAUUCCAGCUACAUUGCAAGUCCUGCUGCAUCUUGGCUGGAUGAUUUUCUGGUAUGGCUAUCGCCAGAAGCUUUUGGAUGCUGUAGAAAAUUUCCCAAUGCUACAUAUUGUCCUCCUGAUGAUCAGCCACCCUGCUGUGCGGAAGGAGAUGAUUACUGUGGUGUAAGUGAGACUUGCAAGGACUGCACAACGUGCUUCUUACAUUCAGAUCUGACUGGAAACCGGCCAUCAACAACACAAUUUAGAGAGAAACUACCAUGGUUUCUUAAUUCAUUGCCAUCUGCAGAUUGUGCGAAAGGGGGUCAUGGUGCUUAUACUAAUAGUGUUGAUCUUGAAGGCUACGAUAGUGGAAUAAUUCGAGCAUCAGAAUUCCGUACAUAUCAUACACCUUUGAACAAACAGAAUGACUUUGUUAAUGCAAUGAGAGCUGCACGGGACUUUGCUGCAAGAGUUUCAGAUUCUUUGAAGAUUUCAGUUUUCCCAUAUUCGGUAUUCUACAUUUUCUUCGAACAGUACCUGGAUAUCUGGAAAACAACAUUGAUUAACCUCUCUCUUGCACUUGGAGCUGUAUUUAUCGUUUGCCUUGUUAUUACAUGCAGUUUAUGGGCUUCAGCAAUGAUUUUGCUUGUAUUGGCAAUGAUUAUAUUGGAUAUCAUGGGAGUAAUGUCACUUCUGAGCAUUCAGUUGAAUGCAAUCUCUGUUGUAAAUCUUGUAAUGUCAGUUGGCAUUGCGGUUGAGUUCUGUGUUCACAUUACUCAUGCAUUUUCUGUGAGUGAGGGAAGUAGGUCACAGCGUGCACAAGAGGCACUCACAACCAUGGGAGCAUCCAUUUUCAGUGGAAUAACAAUUACAAAAUUUGUGGGGGUGCUUGUAUUAUACUUUGCACGAUCGGAAAUAUUUGAGGUGUACUAUUUCCGCAUGUACCUUGCCCUUGUGAUACUUGGGUUCUUACAUGGUCUUAUUUUUCUUCCAGUACUGCUAAGUUUGUGUGGCCCUCCCUCCAUCAAGUCUUUGUUGAAUAGUGACGAGCAGAAUGACACCACUACAUCAAAUUCAACUGAGCAGAAUUCAGAAACAUAUAAAGUCGAAAAUGGGCGGCAUUCAGAUUCAUAGAUUUCUUGAAUAAUUCUUUGUAAGCUAUAAUAUAAAGAAAUCCCUUACGCUGUUCAUAAGAUCAUUUACACAUAUAGGAAUCCACAAGUUAAAUGUUAUGUUAAAUCUCUUGAUACUGUAAGAAAAUAUUAGCAGCGAUGUUUAUUGUAGACCAAGAUGUAGCCAAGGAUGAGCAUAAAGAAGUAAAUAUUUUCUCAAGUAUUUUCUUUUUUUCUGUAAGAAGCCUCAGAUGAGCAAUUUUCUCAAGUAUUUUCUCAACAUGCUUUUGUAGUGAACUUGACUCGAGCUGCUUGUAACACUGAUGUACUUAUUCCAGGUUGCCUUUUAUAACUUGUGCUCUUUAUUGUAGAUUUAUACAACCUUCCAGGGCAAUUUUUCUUUUUUUC